AUGUCUUCCACAACGUUAAUGACAUUCCUGCUUUCUACCAGCCCAAAUGUGAGAUCGGUCAAGUUGUUGGGCUCAUGGGACAACUUUUCCAAGCCAUAUAUUAUGGAGAGGGAUAAACGUGUUGGCCCAGGCCAAUGGAGGGGGUGCCAUACAUUCACGGAUAUCAUAUGUGAUGGAUCUCCAGCUCAUAUGCAUCCUGGACGCUCUGGUGGGCUCAAGAUGGGUGGCACCUAUUGGUAUUAUUACUUGUUGGACGACGAUGUGGAACAUUACAACGAGGCGGAGCCGGUGACUUCCCAUUGUCCUUUUCUUCCCGGCCAACCGGUCAACGUCCUCUUUGUUCCUGUUAUCCUUCCCGAUAGUCUACCAACCCAUACCCGCGAAGACAGCAUUGGCUCCCAGAAAUCGGAUAUGCGAACAAUGAACCCCGAGGACAAGUUCAUGAACCCACGUCAGCCACCAAAGCCCAAACCAAGCCGUCUUCAAACUUCUAUCCCACUGCUCCAGCAGGCAACCCCACCAUGGUCUUUCAGCGCUUCUCCACUGAGUGUGCUUACCAACAGAACUGCAUCUCAGCCUAGCCACAUUGCAAGCAAGUCUAAAGUACACGAUGUGAGAGCGGGCUCGGGCUAUAAAACUGCUCGCUCUGUGUCACCGCCGAGAAGCCGAGGCCUUCGAGCAGCAUUCCGUUAUUUGAAUACAUCUUCGCCCGAUAUCAACGACACGGACGACGAGAAACCGAUUUCAGGACAUCGCUCUACUAAGUCGCAAGGGACUAGCCGUGAGGGAAUUCGCUCUCACUCAGCCAGUCGACUUUAUGACGGUCCCGGACAGGGUCUGUACUCCCGCUGGAGCUUGGAAACUCAGGACACGGAAAUUAUUCUACCCCCACGUCCCGCUUCUUCUGGCAAACACGAGUCUGGGUCACUGUCAAUCCAGGAUCGACGUGCUCUGAAAUUGAAAUCCAGGAGCUCCUCGCCUCGAAGAACCCCCCUGACGCUGGAAACGCGCCCAGGGAGGGAUAUCUCCAGCAACACUACCUUACACACAAAACUGAAUGAAAUACCGGCUCAUAAGAGUUCGCCUUUCCUACAACCACCUGCCGAUGAAUCGGCAAUUACCGGCGAUACGACACCGACUCCAUUCACUGUGGGAGAGAAAAGACUCCCCACACUCCCAAACACACCAUCUUCCGUUAUGGAUGAAGCAUUGCGCGAUCUUGACGCCCGGGAAGAGGCUCUCGACAUGGAAGUACUGGCCAGUCACUUUUCUGAUUUCAGUGCAACAGAUGAGUCUACGGACGAGAACUCACUAUACGAGAAAAGCCACUUUUCUGAAUGGAGUACGGAUAACGAUGCGAUCUCCCCUGAAUCCAUGGUGUCCGCUUCAACUUUCAACUUUGAAUUUGAGCAGGAACCAGCCGAAGCGGACAGUAUGGAAGUUCCAGACCUGCAAUCUGGUCUUGGUGUGGCUCACAGCGACCCAAACACUCCCCAUCUCACGGUGAAUUCUCACCCGUCACCUGCCACUUCCACCACCGGCGACUCUCCUCGCAUGGACCUUCCUCUCCCUCAUCUCAAUGUCUCCUUCUCCCCAUCCGAUCUUGACAUCCCCGGACUUUGCAUCAGUGGCGUGGACGAUGUGGAAACCAACCCAAAACGACAUGCGGCAUUCUUUGGCGCGAUGGAGUCAAUCGAUGCUCUCGGACUCUCGCCAAGUCCUGAUGCUUCUGCUCUAGUCGUACCCGAGGGAGUUGACGAGGCACAGAAUGGAAAUCUCGCUGAGCCGGGCCGACGCCACAGUUCCUUCAGCGAUGCCCAAAUCGCUGGACAGUCUGCGACGAUGCAGGAGAUGAUGGAUGAAUUGAGUUAUCUGAAGAACAUGAUACAAUCUGGAACAAAUCUUAUUUGA